CGCACCCUUACUGGAGCGUGCUCCAUACUUGAUAUUGUCAUUCACCAAUUUUAUUUCUUAUUCCUUGCUCUCUCUCAUCUUGUAUUGAUUUCAAGUUGUCUUCAUUUUUUUUGACUUCCCUCUAUCUCUUAUCUGUUUUCCUUCAAUCUAAUACAUAGUUUUAGAUUAGAGAGUUUCUCGUGAAAAUUUUUUUCACAGCUCUGCGUAUGCAAAAGAAGCCAACGGGGGGAUAAUAAAAUCAGAAACAGAGAGACACAGAGAGAGAGAGAGAGAGGGAGAGGGAGAUACAGCCUUAAAAGCUCGCUUUUACUACUGAGCUACAAAAGUGAACCUCCUCCAUCUGUUUGUUGUUUUGUGCCUUAGGUUCUCCCCCACCAUUUUCUCUUUUGCCUUUCAAGUAUACAGGUCAUUGAUUGUGUGUUUGCUGGAUUCUGAUCCUUCUCCCAUCUUCUUUCCUUUGAUUUUUUUGGGUCUAAUCUUUCUGGCUAAAGCAAAUUCUUGGAGAAAUUGAUGUCUGGGUUGUAUAAUCAAAUUUCCUCACCUGCUCCUGUAAGGGCCAAUUCACCAAGUAUAAACGUGAGAAGCAAUUUUGAUGUUGAAAGUCAGUACUUAGCGGAGCUGUUGGCAGAACAUCAGAAGCUUGCACCUUUCAUGGAAGUCCUUCCUCUAUGCAGCCGACUCCUGAAUCAAGAGAUUUUAAGAGUUUCUGGCAAGAACGGAUUGAUGCUGAACCAAGGGUUUAGUGACUUCGACAGAAUGCAGUUUGGGAGUCCAAGCCUUAUGGCUUCACCAGAUAUAACACCAAACCUCACUGGCUGGAACAGCCUCUCACAUGAGAGAUUUGCUGGAGCACAGGGAUUGAACGUGGAUUGGCAAACAACACCAAUUGUUCCCAGUUCUCCCAUUGUGAAGAGGAUAAUGCGCUUGGAUAUUCCUAAGGAGACCUAUCCGAAUUUCAAUUUUGUUGGUCGUCUUCUUGGCCCCCGAGGUAAUUCACUGAAGCGGGUGGAGGCUACCACAGGUUGCCGUGUAUUUAUCAGAGGGAAAGGCUCAAUAAAAGACCCAGAUAAGGAGGAGUUAUUAAGGGGAAGGCCAGGCUAUGAGCAUCUGAAUGAUCCUCUGCACAUUUUGAUUGAGGCUGAACUGUCUGCCAAUAUUGUUGAUAUUAGGCUGAGGCAAGCACAAGAAAUCAUAGAAGAGCUGCUUAAACCUGUGGAUGAGUCACAAGACUUUUAUAAGAGGCAACAGUUAAGAGAGCUUGCAAUGAUUAAUUCCAACUUCAGGGAAGAGAGCCCUCAACUGAGUGGUAGUGUCUCUCCCUUCACUUCCAAUGAAAUAAAAAGGGCCAAAACUGAUCAAUAGUGGUUUUUUUCGCUGAGAAUCACUGUCAGCCAGCUAUGUUUUCUCCUGUAUCUAAGUUCUGUAUAGCUGCAUGAGAGGAAGACCUUGCAGAAACGAUCGUGUUGAGGAGAUACAUAUUUAUUGUCACAGUCAACUGCAUAAGUGGGCUUGAAAAAAAUGGUACAAUUGUUAUCAUACUAUGUAGAAAUAUGGGUUUGCUGGGAUGUUAUGAACAGUCUAGUAAGCUAGCUAAUCGUAUUGUUAUAUAAACUGUUUAUUGAUUAUUGAUUGUAUUAAAAUGGAGAAGUGUUUGUCGGAUGUCUACUUUACUGAGCACAAUAACAGAGCACUUUGGUGAUCA